AUGUCACACCAGCAAAACAAGCUGCGAAUAGGUUACAUACCCGAACACUUCUCCACGCCCCUCCACUUCGCCCAAAAGCACUGUAAUCUAAACGCCGACCUGAUCGCGGAACCUCUCGGCACAGGCGCGCUUACAGCCCGUCUAAAAGCACCCUCUUCCGACCCAAAAGCCUUCGAUGUCGCGAUCGGGUUAACAGAGGGCUUCGUCGCGGAUCUCGGACGGAGUAGAGCUGGUGGUAAAGAAGCCGGCUUCGGACUGGUGGGGACGUAUGUGCAGAGUCCACUGUGCUGGGCUAUAAGUACGGGAGCGGAGAGGGACGAUAUCAAGACCGUAGAGGAUUUGAGGGGGAAGAGGGUGGGUGUGAGUCGGAUCGGGAGCGGGAGUUAUGUCAUGUCGUAUGUCCUUGCGGACUCACACGGAUGGUUAGAACAGGGGAAAGAAGAGCCUUUCGGGAUAGAAGUCAUUGGUGAUUUCGCCGCGUUGCGCAACAGUGUGAGGAAGGACGAAGGGGCGAAGGAGACGGACUUCUUCAUGUGGGAGCACUUCACCACAAAACACUACUGGGACAACGGGGAGUUGAAACGGAUAGGGGAGAUCUACACCCCGUGGCCUAGCUGGAUGAUCGCCGCCCGAGAUCCCUUAGACCCUCGGUUGGGACAGAUGUUCGAGGCGAUUGAUAAGGGUGUACAGUAUUACAAGACGCAUAAGGAGGAGGCGGUCGAGUAUAUAUCCACGGCGAUGCAUUAUUCCAAGACCGAUGCCGAGGCGUGGAUGGAGACGGUGAGAUUUGCGGAGGAAGGGGUUAGGGGGGUGAAGGUGGGCGUCAUGGGGGAUACGGUCAAAGUGCUCAAGAAAGCCGGAGUGUUAGAUGAAAAGGCUGGAGAUGGGGGGGAUGGGAUGGUGGCGAUUGUGCGAGGGCCAUAA